AUGGAAGCAGGAAACCACACGGAAGUAUCAGAAUUCCUCCUUCUGGGUCUCUCAGAAGAUCCUGAACUGCAGCCCAUGCUCUUUGGAGUGUUCCUGUCCAUGUACCUUGUCACCGUGUUUGGGAACCUACUCAUCAUCCUGGCCAUCAGCUCUGACUCCCAUCUCCACACCCCCAUGUACUUCUUCCUCUCAAACCUGUCAUUUGUUGACAUCUGCUUCAUCUCCACCACCAUUCCAAAGAUGUUAGUGAACAUCCAGACACAAAGCAAGGAUAUCUCCUACACAGGAUGUCUCACUCAAGUGUAUUUUUUUAUGGUUUUUGCUGGAAUGGAUGAUUUCCUCCUGACUGUCAUGGCCUAUGACCGGUUUGUGGCCAUCUGCCACCCCCUGCACUACAUGAUCAUUAUGAACCCACGAUUCUGUUGCCUCUUUGUUCUGAUGUGUUGGUUGAUUAUUUUAUCUGUCUCCCUGUUUCAUAUUCUACUGAUGGCAUGGCUGACCUUCUGUAUAGGCACUGAAAUUCCACAUUUCUUCUGUGAACUGGCUCAGGUUCUCAAUUUAGCCUGCUCUGACACUCUCAUCAAUAACAUCUCUUUGUAUGUGGCCACUGCCCUGCUGUGUGCAUUUCCUCUGACUGGGAUCUUCUUUUCUUACUCUCAGAUUGUCUCCUCCUUAUUGAAGAUGUCCUCUUCAGGAGGAAAAUGUAAAGCAUUUUCCACCUGUGGGUCUCACCUCUCUGCAGUCUCCUUGUUUUAUGGGACAAGCCUGGGGGUCUACCUCAGUUCUGCUGUGACCCAUUCUUUCCACGAAAACUCGAUCACCUCAGUGAUGUACACCGUUGUCACCCCCAUGCUGAACCCCUUCAUCUACAGCCUAAGGAACAAGGAUGUGAAGGGGGCCCUGGGAAGACUUCUCAGCCGAGCAACAACCUCUUGUGUGUGGUGGGUCACUGACCUCAGAACUAAGUGGACACUGUGGGUCUCAAAGGCAAAUGUUGCAAUUUAA